CCAUGGUGCGCUGAGGCUCGCUCCGACAGCGUUCCGACAAGUCAUAUCUAUAUCUUCACACUCAGUCCAUCCAAUUAGUUUUGUCAUGCACUAGCAUCCUUUGAACAUAAAUAGACAAUGCUCACACUUCAAAAUCAUCCUAGCUCACGCCCCAGGUUUCAGGUGACCAUUCACUUCCCAGCUCCAUCCCAGUCCAUCAUGACGAUCUACAAUACAGUCCUGUACAAAUUCAAGUCGGAGGCAACCCUCGAGCAAAGAGAGUAUGUGAAGGCACUUAUCAAGGAGCUACCAUCAAGAAUAUCUGCGCUUCAGAGCGUUAUCACCGGAGAGAAGAUCCUUAACUCCCUUGACCACGGCUAUGACAUGGGGGUGAUUUUUCUGUUUGAAAGUAAACACAAGCUGGAUGAAUUCCGCCCGCAUCAGGCGCAUACUGAUUACCGGGCCCUCUCCGCUCCGUAUCUUGAAGACAAGUUGAUAUUCGACAUGGAGACAGCUUAGAGAAAAUACAUGGAACCUUGAAAGCAUAUGUCGGGGGUGCGCGUAAUACAUGUACAUUGUUGAUUAUUUAUGCGAAGUAGUUCGUAAAAGCGAUGGUGCGGAGAAAGUACGUUCAGUCGUAGAUUGGGAGAGGCAGCAUCCUAGGAAUCGUGAGCGACAUGAAAAAGAUAUGACAUCAACUGC